AUGGGGUAUUACCGUCAACAUGGCAAGUUUGUUGGUUCCUACGAGUCAUGCAGUACAGCGGCAUUCAAACAUGGCCGUACAGAGACUGUGCGUCCUGCAUCACUCGCCACAGUUGCCUGCAGUCAGGCGUUUGAUAGAACCCAUAAAGCAGGCGUAGACGAAAUGACUAGUUUGAUACAGAAAGCAUCGGAGUAUCACAAUCAGUUGAUUAAAGAAGCUGCCAUGGGUAAGUGCUUUUGAAAUAUUAAGGCGAUUUUUGCUGCGAUUUUCUCCUUUUGGAGGAUGUGAAGGAGUAGAUUACUUAAUGAUGUUGUUAUGAGAUUCCAUAACCUGGAACAUUUAUAACUCAUCCACUUCUUCACAUCCUCCAAAAGGAGAAAAUCGCAGCAAAAAUCGCCCGUGUAAACGGGCCUUUAGUUGGCGUGCAAACUGUUGAAACCGCCAUUAAAUAAAGUAUAGUCAUAAUAGAAAGAAGUGUUCUAUAAACAAAACACAUGAAAGCAAUGUUAAAACCAUAAAUUUAUACGGCAUUUUAUUAACAAUCAUUGUCAUUAGAAAUGGCUAUGUUUUCAAAUUUGAGCGGAGAAGUAUGAUGCAAAAAGCAAACCAAAAUCUAUUUUACUGUAAUACAACUGAGCUGAAAUCGACAAGUUUUGUGAAGCUUACAUCCACAUUAAUUAACUGCAUUAGUUUUCGCGCCAGAAUUUUUAAUCAGAUCUAAAUCCCUGCAAGCGAAACAAAUCGAUCUCGCGGCUUUGCCGCUCGCUGGUACAAGAUCGAGAUCGACUUGUGGCAAGUCUAAAGGCUCGUUUACAAGGGCGAUUUUUGCUGCGAUUUCAAUUGCGAUUUUCUCCCUUUGGACGAUGUAAAGGAGUGGAUGAGUUAUAAAUGUUUCAGGUUAUGAAAUUUCAUAACAACAUCAUUAAGUAAUCUACUCCUUCACAUCCUCCUAAAAGAGAAAAUCGCAACUAAAAUCGCCGCAGAAAUCGCCCGUGUAAACGGGCCUUAACAUACUAUACGUGUACAUCAUUAAUAAGCCUCAUGUAGAAACAAGAAAUUUUACUGUUAUAUGUGUUAUGUAAAACUAGUUGUUCGAAAUUUGAGUAGCUUACACACCUGGGUUAGGGUAAUGUUGAGAAUUACAGACAUUAUUUAACAUUUAUUUAGUUUCGUUUGAAUAUUCUUUAUGAAGUAAUAAAAAGUUAAACGUUUCCGGGCGUAAACCCAGGGCGAGGAUACCAAUUUCGCUCGGCUAUUUGCACCCGGGGAAGGAAAGCAUUAGCGAAGUCUAAAGCACAGAAUAGAGACAAACAGAAGGUCGACUUCUUGAUUUUUCCUAUGAUUUUGGCGUAACCGUAAAUUCGUCAUCAAAAUGCUGAUGCCCUUUUAUAAGAGGCAUUAACCCCCCUGAUAAUAUUCAAAAUGGCGGACAUCCAGGGAGUGAAUGCCUCUCAUAAGCGCACUGGAUAGAACCAUGGCUGUGACGAUGGCGUCAGCAUUUUGAUGACUUAUCAUGGCGUGGCAGCGGUUACGCUUUUUUUUUGCUAAGUCGUGCCUCUGUGUGUCUUUAUUCUGUGUCUAAAGUUCAUCAAUAAUCGCCGGCGUGUGGCGUUGUUUCAUGGUGUCAUUAGUGGACAAUGGGGUGUUACUGUCUACUGAUUUCAAAACUAUGGCGAAUUUGAGGAGUGGGAAGAGCUGUUAUUCAGCAACCCGAAAAAUCGUUAAUGAGGGCCCACAGAUC